AUGCCAACUACACCAAAAGCUUACACUUUAAACUACGCAGAAAGAACAGAAAAUAUCUUCCAUUUACCCACUACUAUGGAAAAAGAUGAAUUAGUGGAUAAUACCGUACUCUUCAUGCUUUCCAACCUAAAUCAAACUGUGAAUCCUUGUGAUGACUUUUAUGAAUUUGCCUGUGGUAAUUGGGCACAUAAUAAAAAAGUGCCCGAGUUUGGACGUACAUUAUCUCUAAUAAACACCAUGCAAUAUAUUUUGGAUGAUUUGGCCAUGGAUUUUUUAGAAAAUAAAAUCAAGGGAUCACAAGAUAUAGGUGAACAAAAGGCUAAAUUAUUUUAUAAAUCCUGUGUCAACACUAAGCCAAAUCUUACAACAGGUUUAAAUCUUUUACUACAAGAAGAAUAUGAUAUAUACUCCAGUUUAAAGUUUACCGGUGAAUAUGAUUGGUUAGAAGUGAAUUUUAUGUCUCCUUAUAACAUUUAUCCUCUGCUGCCUUUGAUUAUAAAUGAAUGGGCAUCUGCAAGUGGAGAAUAUGAAAUUACUUUGUCCCUACCACAACCAUAUAUAAUAUCAUAUUUCCUUAACAAUUCUCUAAAAAAUGAAUUUUUAGCAAGUUUUGAUAUAAAAUCAAAUGAUUUGGAUAAUGUUUUACAAUUUGAAGAAUAUUUAAUAAGUGUAGCUACACAACGCCAGCCAAGGGAGAGAAAAACCUUGGCAGAAUUUUUGUUACAUCAUAAAAGUGAUACUCUUAAUUGGAACAUAUUUUUUCAGAAAGCUUUUCCAAAUCAAACAGAGAAUUAUUGGUAUGUUAAUAAUGAAAUAGCUAAUAUUAACGAAUUACACGAUUUUUUAAGCAAUACGCCUCUUUUAACUCUAAGAAGUUAUGUUCAAGUCUGUACUGUAUUAAAAUUUUAUAAAAUCUGGCGUAAAGUAAUAACUGAUCGGGAAAAUCAACGGGCACAAUGUCGCUUUUUAACGGAAAAAUACUUUCGUUAUGCUAUGAUGCCCUGGUUUAUGCAACAGCUUUUUACAAGGGCUAAUCAUAGAGAUAUCAAUGAAAUAGCUCAAUAUAUAAAACAAUAUUUUUUGAAUUCCAUUCAAAAUUAUAAAUGGCUUAGCGAAACAUCUAAACGAAAUGUAAGGCAAAAACUUCAAGAUCUGGAAAUAGUCAUAGGAUUUAGCGAGAAGAUUAUUUCGGCAGAUUUUACAAAACAGCAUUAUGGUGAUUUAGUAAUAACUUCUAAUUGGUUUGAAAAUCUACAAAACUUGGAAGCUCAAUUUACACUAAUGUUAAAGCAAUCUGUAUACCAAAAGUUGGUACCGCCAUUCUUAUCACCCUUUGAGUUAAAUUCGUUUUAUAACAACGUGCUCAAUCUUGUUUAUAUAAGCAUGGGUGUCAUGCAAAUGCCUUUAUAUCAUAAGGAUUUACCCGCUGUUCUUAAAUUUGCUGGCGUUGGCGUAUUUAUUGCUCAUGAAUUGGCCCAUGCCUUUGACUCUGACAAUCAACUGCAUGAUUUUGAUGAACAGCAGCACAAAUAUUCCAACAAUGCUUGGCUAUCUGAACAAUCUUUGGAGAAUUUUAGAAAACGUUAUCUUUGCUUAAAAAAUCAAUAUGAACAAUUUUAUUAUCGCGGCAAAAGCAUCGAUAAUAGUGAACUGUCUAUGGAGGAAAAUGUAGCCGAUAAUGCCAUGUUACAUUUAAGUUUUGAGGCUUAUUUGAAUUUUUCUGGUGGCUGGCAGGAGGGCUUAAAGAAACCAAUACGAAAUUUCGAUUUUAACAUAAAUCAAAUAUUUUUUAUAAAAUUUGCCCAGACUUUUUGUAAUGGCGCAGUAGAGAUGGAAGAAAAACUUAAUGAAUCUAAAAUUCAUGUUUUCGAUGAAUUUCGAACGCUGUUGCCAAUACAAAAUACACCGGAGUUUGCGAAGGCGUUUAAUUGUAAAUUGGGCUCACCCAUGAAUCCAGUGAAAAAAUGUAGAUUGUGGUAG